AUGGUCGCUGCGAGAAUCGCAUGGAGAAACUACAUUCGAGAUGUUCUCGAUUUCUCUCAGGAUGAGGCACAAGAGAUUGUUAUUGAACAGGGCUUCAGUUCCCCUACUUUCUUUGCCCGCUCGACGCGCGAAAAUAUUGAUUCCUUGGUGAAACAGAUCAAUCGCACUGUGAUUGAUCCAGGAAAUGAUCCUGACACUACAUUUUCAAUCAACCAAGCCCAGAAAAUCAUGCUCUACGACCUUUGCGACUAUUGCCGAUUUAUUUAUAUGGUGGAUCGCCAACAUGAUCCAGCUUUUGGGACGCAAGCGAAUUUGGCAAAAAUCAAUCGCUAUUAUUCCCACUUGAAGAACAAGUCGAACGAAUUUGAAGAUAUUUCAGAGGUUAUGCCUCCCAAAUUUGACAAUAAAAAUACGGUCGAACUGAUGGAGAGCUUAGAACAGUGGUUGAAACGCAAUCGCGGAAAAGGUGGCACUUUGUUAACAUAUGUAAUCAAUGAGGCAAUUCGCCGGAGCUUGCAUCAAGAGGACCAGUUUGUCGCUAAUAACAAAGCUGUGUGGAAUAUGUUACAUUCGGUAUGCCAUGGAACCGAUGCUUGGCCUGUUAUAAAGGGAUACAAGACUACAGAAAAUGGAAGGCAAGCGUAUCUUGAUCUGGUUGCCCACUAUCAGGGUGAGGGCCAACUCAAUAAGAGGCGCGACUCUGCCUACCGCAUCUUGAAUACGACCCACUACAAUGGAAAGAAGAAUUUUAGUUUUGAAAAAUUUGCGGCACGGGUUCUUGGUGCCUUUGAAGAUUUGAAAAAUUGUUGCGAUGGCAUGUCGGAACAUGCCAAGGUAACCAAGUUCUUGAGCAUGAUCAAAGAAGGCCCGCAGGGUGCAGGCUUGGACGCCUGUAAGACACUUGUCCGAGGAAGUCAGGCAUGUAUGCAAAACCUGCGCACGGCUAUCAACACUUUGCAGACUGAAGAUACGGCCCAGCAAACUCAUCGCUUAACUGCGAUUAGCGGCACAAGAGCCUUAGCUGCGGUCGAUGGUGGUGGACGAAACUCCAAUCGCGGACGUGGCCGUGGUCGAGAUCGUGAUAAUGGUGGUCGUGAUCGUGGUGGUCGUAAUCGUAAUCGUAAUCAACAUGGACGUGGCGGAGGUCGCGGACGAGGUGGUAGUCGAGACCACGAUGGUACUGUAUGGUCCGAUGAUGGCACCACCAUCCUCAACAACGGUGGAUACUCCCAAGACACUUGGAGCCGUUUCUCUGAUCGUGAUCGCCGUGUUGUCCUCCAAGCCCGUGAACGUGCUAACAGUCGUCUCAUGAGUGAACGUGACAUUGCAG